UUUAAGUCCUUGAUUAGGAGAGUGUGAGAGCUUUUGGUCCCAACUGGCUGUGCCUAUAGGCUUGUCACCAGGAGAACAUUUGUGUUAAUUGCACUGUCCUCUGACAAGGAAACUUUGAUUUAUAGCUGGGGUGCACAAAUUAUGGUUGCCGGGCGCACAUGGAUUCGGUAGAACUUUGCCUUCAAGAGUCUUUUUCCCUGCACUACGAGGAAGAGGAAAUGGUUUAUGUACACAGACAUGGUGUAAAUGUGAGGACGAACUCUUUUUCUGAAAAUAAAACCUUACCUUCAUGUUUUCAGAGUGUACAGAUCAAAUAUUGGAGAAUAUAGGAAAAUAAAAUAAAGAGCAUUUCGUUGGAUUCCUAAUUUUAAAACAAGAUGACUUCCAGGGAUUUUCCUAACUUGUCUCAGCCGUGGAUGAAGCUUCUCUGCAGAAUGUCAAGCAAGGAUCGACACAUUGAUUCAAGCUGCUCGUCAUACAUCAAGACGGAACCCUCAAGCCCAGCCUCGCUGACGGACAGUAUCAACCACCACAGUCCAGGUGGCUCUUCAGACGCCAGUGGAAGCUACAGUUCCACAAUGAACGGGCACCAGAAUGGACUGGACUCUCCCCCAUUGUACCCAUCUGCUACAGGCCUUGGUGGCAAUGGGCCCGUCAGGAAAAGAUAUGAUGACUGCUCCAGCACCAUUGCUGAAGAUUCACAAACCAAAUGUGAAUAUAUGCUCAAUGCAAUGCCCAAAAGACUGUGUCUGGUGUGUGGUGACAUAGCAUCGGGUUACCAUUAUGGGGUGGCUUCAUGUGAAGCCUGUAAGGCUUUUUUCAAAAGGACAAUUCAAGGAAACAUAGAAUACAGCUGUCCAGCCACGAAUGAAUGUGAAAUCACAAAGCGCAGACGCAAGUCAUGCCAAGCCUGCCGCUUCAUGAAGUGCUUAAAAGUUGGCAUGCUGAAAGAAGGGGUACGUCUUGACAGAGUUCGUGGAGGCCGACAGAAGUACAAGCGCAGAAUAGACGCCGAGAACAGCCCGUACCUGAACCCUCAGCUUGUCCAGCCAGCCAAAAAGCCAUAUAACAAGAUUGUCUCACAUUUGCUGGUGGCUGAGCCAGAGAAGAUCUAUGCGAUGCCUGACCCAACCAUUCCCGAUAGUGACAUCAAGGCCCUCACUACCUUGUGUGACCUGGCUGACCGAGAGCUGGUUGUAAUUAUAGGAUGGGCCAAACAUAUUCCAGGGUUUUCCACCUUGUCCCUUGCUGACCAGAUGAGUCUCCUACAAAGUGCAUGGAUGGAGAUCUUGAUUCUGGGCAUAGUAUACCGAUCUCUGUCAUUCGAGGACGAGUUGGUCUAUGCCGAAGACUACAUCAUGGAUGAAGACCAGUCGAAAUUGGCAGGGUUGCUGGAACUGAACAACGCCAUCUUGCAACUUGUGAAGAAAUACAAAAGCAUGAAACUGGAGAAGGAAGAAUUUGUGACUCUCAAAGCUAUAGCACUUGCUAAUUCAGACUCCAUGCAUAUAGAAGACGUUGAAGCCGUUCAAAAACUUCAAGAUGUCUUACAUGAGGCUCUGCAGGAUUACGAAGCUGGCCAACACAUCGAAGACCCUCGCCGGGCUGGCAAGUUUCUGAUGACUUUGCCGCUCCUUCGACAAACAUCAACCAAGGCUGUCCAACACUUUUACAACAUCAAACUGGAGGGGAAAGUUCCUAUGCAUAAACUUUUUUUGGAAAUGCUUGAGGCCAAGGUUUGACUAAAAGAAUCUUUGGUGACCGAAGAGCACCAUUGAUAAAAAAAUAUAAAAAUAAAAAAAUAAGGGAAAUUACGUCUAAUGAUUAUGGCAAAUAAUGGACUGAAUCAACAGCUAGUGACUGCACUGACGUAAUAGCAGCAAGUCUGGAGCAGCUUUCGACUUUUAACUCUGCAAUGUAACGGUGCAGAUAUUUUCCUCUCCUGAUUCUUUUGUUUUUUGCUGCUGAACUUAAAGAUUUAAAAAAAUGUAAAAAGUCUUUAAUUAAGAGAGAUGGAAGCCAGCCCUGCCACAGGACAGAAAUCCAUAGGAUGCCACUAAAUUCAUAAUGGACCACAAGGCCCCCAAUGACGAAUGGAAUCCAUGACAAAAAUAUCAUAAUCAUAAAUUAUAUGAAAAGUGACUGACUGCGCUUUUAGGAUUCCUUGGGAACAAUCUCUAAUUUGACACCCUGAGCGACAUGUCCUUGGCUGCUUUAUUUGGUUUUAGUUCCCAUCUAGGCCACCUAGCCAUUUGAUUCCUUUGUUUUUUGAAGUCUUCCAAAAAAAAUUUCGGUUAGAUACUACGUGACUUUUUUCAGGGAAUAGUUUUAAGCUUUAUUCAUCCAUGCAAUAUUAAUUAACAAACAUUAGGAAUGAUGAUAUAAUGCAAACUGUGUAUUGGUUCGAGCAACGAUGAACAAUCAAUAAGGACCUUGAAAUCCUUAAAGGAAGUUUAUUUUAUUUUAUUAGAAUUAUUCAAAUCUUUUUGGUUUAUUGUUGUAAAAUGGAGAUUCUUUUAUACCAGCUUUAUCACUUUUCAGUCAUUUACUAAUUAUUCUAUGGAUAUUUCUCUUAUUCAAGCAAUAGUCGAAGGAUGAUGCAUAUUACCACGGAUGCAAUUAAUGUUGUGUGCCAGUCUGGUUCAAGAAAAAAAAAACAUAAAAAAAAAAAAUCCAGUUUCUUAUUACGUAAAACCUAGCCUACCUGUUCUGUUGAAUAUGAUAUUAGAUUACACCUGCAAUGUAUAUAAAUAGUCUUAUCCGCUUACCACUCCCCAUGAGGACGCUUGGAAAUGGCUAUGGUGUCUUAAAAAAAUAGAUGUACUUUAGUGUGAAAUUGCAAUAUAAAAAUUGUAAAACAAAAAAAAACAAAAAUCAUUAUGUAAAAUAAUAUAUUAAAAUUGCAGGUAAUGCAAAGGCCAGCAAUAAACUCUCUGAAACAAAAAUAUAUACGUGUGUAUAUAUAUUCAGUUGAGUUAAAAAAUAAUAAUAUAAGACAUUUUUGUCAAUUUUUGUUUCUUUUUCAUUUUCUUUAAAUCAAUUUUUUUACUGACAGCUAAAGCAGUCAGUGUGGUUUCUCAACCCUUAUUGUUGCUGCAUGAUAUCUGUUUCUGUACGAGACUGUUAUAAGGUGUAAUCUAAUGUAAUCCCAUACCUGUCCUGCUGACAAAUUUUCCAGCUACCUACAAUACAUCUCCAUGCUCUGCCAAUAUAUCAGUGGUAAUAGUUGCUCCCUGCAUCAUGUGAACGCCCAUACUAUAUAUACACAAAUGUGAUUAAAACUGUAACCUUGAUCAGCAAAAAAAAAAUCAUAGUUCAGCUCUUCAAUGUUUCCCAUUUUCUGUGCUUUCUUCCUAAUUUAUUUAAAAAAACAAAAAAAAUUUUUUUGGUUAAUUUCUCAGUUGCAUUUUCCGAAAGCAAAUCUGUUGUCUUGUUCUCCUUGUGGCUGUUCGAUUCUUGUGAUGUGUGCUUUUUUAGACACAGGGUAGAAUUAGAGGCAAUAUUGGAUGUACAAUUCCUCGGGAACCUUACAGUAGUUUAAUCUGUGGUCUCCUACUCAUAGUCUUCAAAAAAUACUAUACCUUUGGCAGAUCAAAAAUUCCAAUUGAGAAAUCACACGAGAAAUCAUGAGGCUUUCAAACGGAAAAAAAAAGAAGAAAAAAAAAAAAAAAAAUGUAAAAAAUAUAAAGAAAAAAUAAAGAAAAAAAAGACUUUUUCAAUAGUUCUUAAAAGAACACCAAAUAUAUCUUCUACUUCUACAUUUAACUAAGCCGAAUUUUCAAGCGCUGUAAAUAUGGCUUCUUCUUCGGAAUCAUCUCUACUGUUAAUAACUUGCUCUGUGCUGUUGCAAACCAUUAAAAAACAUUUUUUUUUUUUUUGGUGCAAAAAUUUCCCAACACUAUUGCUACUCUUUGUGCUUUAAACAGACUACAAUGGGUUGAUGAAACACAGCAGCCUGACCCUAUAAAUACUGUGUAUCUACCAUUAGCUAUAUAAGGAUUAUAUUGUAGAUUGUGGUUUCUCAGUAGAGAAGUGACUGUAGUGUGGUUUUAGAUUACUCAUCAUUAGCAAUUCAUUCAGAUGGCGAGUACCUUUAAAAUAUAGCUCUGAUAGGUAUUCAGAUAUUGGCGCAUCCCUGUACAAGUAUUUAAAAUUUGACUACUCCUUGGAGGGAAAAAAAAAAGGUGCUUAUUGAAUGAGAUUAUUUAUUUUUUAUUAUUUGUUGUUAUAUUAUAUUUUAUUUUACCGGUUUGGGUUUUUACUAUAUAGUAAUAUAUAUGUAUAAGAAAAAUCAACGCAGCUUAGCUGUAUGCAUCUAUUUUACUGUACUGGGGUAUAGCGGCAUACUCAAAAUGUGUAUUUCCAAUUAAGUCGAUGAGAUUAGAAUUGCAAAUAUAAAAAAAUAAAAUAAAAUUGGGAUAUGUUAAUUUUAAUGCACUGUUUGGUACUGCGGUCAGCCGAGUUAGAUUCUAGAUCAUACUGCCGUGCUCAUUAGAAAAAGAAAAUUACAAAACAGUUGAAAAUUGUUUUAAUGCUGCAUUUUAUCUAAAAAAAAAAAUUUACAGCAGAUUUAGUAAAUAUAUUAUUUUAUAAUAAAUUCUUGUGUGAUUAUUUAUAUUUCUGUUAAUAUGACUUGAUAGCAUGAGGUGCAAA